UGCACACCGAGGAAACACUUGGCAGGCGCGACAAAGCACCUCGUCAAAGGUCAUCCUGUGCCGCGAUGGGUCACAGGGAGCUGAUCGGCCGCAUCUGCCAUCAAGUGUGCGCGCUGUUAUUGCUCGUUCUACUUUGCCUCGACCAUCACUGCUGUGCUGGUCGUGACAAUGCAGACAGCUUGGACUUCUUGACAUCGCCAGCUGGACGCGCCUCAAUCGACAAGACGAUUGCGACCAGAUUUUUGCAGUCAAAUGAAGGAUUGCUCAACUAUUCAGACCCGUCGCAGUUUCCUACAGCCACACAAAUGGCCCUCGUGCGUCGCACGGGCGGUUCGCUGCACUUUCACUGGUUCAAGCCGCUAUCUACCACCCAUGUGCUAUACGCGAACGGCAACGUCGUCGACUACAUCUCAGCUUAUCAAACUGAGUUCAAACUUGGGGGCUUGAUCGCCAACACUUCAUAUUUUCUCGUGCUGACGGAUAUGUCUGCUCCAGACGGCGAUAGCACUCAGGUCUUGAUUGCGUCGGCAAUGCAGCCAGAUACUCCGGACCCGCCGACGUCUCUCGAAGUCAUCGCAGUGCAUGCAAGCUUUGCAGACAUUGAGAUGGACCUACCUGUGAACACGGGCGGUGUGCCGCUGUCGAUUUGGUUGAAUUGCUCCGUCACGAACGAAUUUGACGAAUAUUCCUUCGCUUUCAACGUAACGGAAAGGACCAUGCCAAGCGAAGGCAACACCGGCAACGACGACGUUUCCAAACGAGUGGGGGGUCGACUCACGGGCCUCAACGCAACAACAAUGUACUUUGUCUCGUGCGCGGUGCAAAACGUCGCGGGCUUCGCCAGUCCAACUAGCGGGUCCUCAAUUGCCUUCACAACAGGGGCCAUCACCCAACCCAGCCGAUGUACCGCUCCUCGACUGCAAAACAUCACUGGUGGGUCCAUCACAUUGGGUUUCGACCCGCCGUCAGAUACAGGUGGAUCUCGGAUUCUCCAUUAUCGCGUGUACGCCGCUGUAAACAACAGCAUUUUGUUUGACGAAGUCGCCAUCACGCCGGUUCCGACCAUAACUUUAUACGAACUCGAGAGCGGCGUGCCAUUUACGACCGACACCGUGUACGAGUUUCGCGUCGUGGCUGAAAACGUAGCUGGAAUGUGCUUUCCCCCCGGAGACACGUCGUUCCUGAGCGAAUCGUUGGGCGUGACGUUCCCCGCGCCAUCGCUGCCCCCUGCUAUCCUCCCGCCGUACGUUAUGCAAGCCGGGGCGUCGACGCUGGCCCUGCAAGUCGUGCUUCCCGACGACAUGUAUGGCACGUCCACCGUGUGGGGAUACGUCGUGCAAUGGAAUACCCCUUUCGACGCCCCCAACACGUUUCCCCGCGCGACUUACGUUCCUUUGGCCGACUUCAACUCAUACCAGUUUGUCCUGCGGCAGCUCCAUGCGUCGACAUCGUACAACGUGCGCGUGAGCCUGUUUACGGAGCUAGGGUAUACCGUGUUUAGUCGUGCCAUUACCGCAUCGACUGGACCAGGGACACUGCCCGACUCCCCGCGCAGCGUCAGCGUGACUCGAACUGGUUCAACCUUUGCUGACAUUGAAUGGGCCAUUCCUCAUGAGACUGGAGGCGGGCGCGUUGUUGGCUACAAGGUGUACAUCGUGGCCGUAAUGCUGGACGACACGCCGUUUCAACCAUCUGAACUUGUUUACUUGAACAUGUCGGAGGGAACUGUCCAGACGCAAAUCACGGGCCUUGUCCCCCUCACAAGCUACAACGGGUCGAUUGUCGUUCGGAAUGAAUUUGAUUUGUACUCCACAGUCGUCGAGUCGUUUGCUUUCACCACGUCCAGUGCGAGCGCUCCGUGGACCCCUCAACGCAUGUUUGUGAUUGCAGCGACUGGAGGCAUGCUUCAAUUCACGUGGAGUCCACCGGCAAAUGAAGGAGGCGCGGGCAAGGUCACCUACUUUGUCGAGCACUCAAAAGACGGCAAGACCUCGACCCUGUGCACGAACACAACGACGUCGUGCAGAGCGUUCGGGCUGUCCUUCAGUACCGCGUACAUCGUCUCUGUGCGAGCUCAAAACGACCUCGGCUCUAGCCCCCCCACAAGUCUGCAGUCAUUUUCCACAACACUGCCGACCCCGCCAUCACCGAUACGAGUGUUGUCUGCGGUGACCAAGUCCAGUGGUAGCGUGCUCUUGCAAUGGGUAGCGCCUCAGGAUCUUGGUGGCGUCGCUGCAGCAAGCUACCGUAUAGAGCGAAAUGGAACAUAUCUUGGGACGACCUCGUCGCUGACGUUCACGGAUUGCAUUGGAGUCCUCGCUGGCCAACUCUACGUUUAUACAGUGUUCGCUGAGACCUUGUAUGGUCGAGGACCACCGAGCUUUGCAAGAGCCCGGACGGGAACCGUGCAACCUCCCGGUCCUCCUACAGUUUCCUUGGCUGUGGCAAAGUCACGUUCAGCUGUGAUUGCAUACCAGCCAUCAUGCGACACCGGCGGAUCCAUGACCGUUCAAGGUUCAUACACUUGGCAAAUCGUCCCAACGUUUACUCCGAUCGAUGCUCCCGCAUUAUUGGCACCGAUGGCAUCCAAUUUCACGUUGAUGGGCCUUGAGCCUGGCCGUCGAUACCGUGUGAUGGUGUGGACAUCUACCGGUGGUGGCAUGAGCACCACGACGGCACUGGACCUGUUUACCCACAGCGGAAUUCCACCAUCGCCUGGGCAUGUGUCGCUAUCGAGGGCUUCAAGCUCAGACUUGGAAUUCACUGUGUGGCCACCACGCGAUUUUCCUGACGAUUUUGUGGACAUCGUGCUGACGAUCACCAACGUCGUCAACAAGAGUGUUUCGUGGAGGGUCUUGAGCAAUGUCGCCGUCACCACGCCUCAAAUUGUCGUUGUACCCGACUUGAGCGCUGGCACCAUGUAUGCCGUACAAUGGACCGCCCAAACCGCGAUGGGCUCCAGUUCUUCGAUGACGGCCUCCUUUGCCACACUCCCGGCGCAACCAGGCUACGUGGCAUUCCAAGACACAUCACUGACCGUCACAAAUGGGACAGCCAAUGUACUCUUGUCGUUGAGUCGAUGGAACGGAACUCAAGGCAAUCUCCUGGUCACGUUGGCGUUCACAUGCGUGCCCACCAUGUUCCCGACUUGCACGUGCACGGACAAUUGUGUUUGUGAUUUUUCAUCGACUCCACCCAAGUCGAGUCCGGUCGUCCCAAGUGUCGUGAUGUCUCCGACGACCCACGCCAAGUCCAUCCUGUUGCGGACAUGGAACAGCGCUGUCGUGGAUCAAGUCCCGCACGUACUGAAUGUCACGUUGACGACCAACAGCUCCAUGCCCGGUCCUAAUACGUCUUGCGUUGUGUCAUUGUACGGCAACGCUGGAAACAUCUCGACAGCAUCACCCAACUUUACAAUCGUGGAUACUGUCGGUGCAUUUCAAAUCCCGCUGGUUCGGCGAAACGGACUAAGUGGUUAUGUCGAGGUGAUCGUGACGAAAGUCACUCGAAUCGAAUACCAACAAACCUGGCCAGUUCCCAAUGCAAGCAUUCCAUUUGACUGGCCGUCGUCGCUGGUGUUGGCACCGCGACAAGAGAACGCAUCGUUUGGUUUGUUUGGUAUCUCGCCCAGCGUAUCGUACAUGCCCUUCGGCCAGCAGUAUUUGUUGCAAUUCGAAACAAAUGCAACGUGGCCAAGACCGACAUUUCAAGUGGUUGUGACGCUCAUUGACGACCCCUUGGUCAUGAAAGCGCCCCUUGCCGUGCCCAACGACAUCUUGCUCCUUCAGAGAGCGACAGGAUCGCUUCUCUCGCUACGUUGGCAACGCCUCACGUACCCCCCGGGGGUCGUGUACCGGUACAAUGCUGAGAUUUCUGGCCCGUACAAUUCGAUCGUGGUCGAUCCACGGAGUAUGACGUGGUCGCUUGUUGUCGUCGAUGUACCUCUUGUGGACUUUUACAACCUGGUGCCUCAAUCGUUGUACUUUGUUCGAGUGUCCGCAACGAACAACGCAAGCGUGGGGCCUUCAACAACUGCGUACCCAUUUUGGACGACUCCUCCUGGCCCGGCAAGUCCUCCCCUGGACCUCGCUGUGUCUCGCGUCACGGGUGGAUCGAUGAUAGUUGCUUGGCGUCCACCUCUCGACACGAGUGGCAUUGCCGUCGAGAGCUACCUCAUCAAGGUGUACAUCGAGUCGUCGCUCGUUAGCUCGUCUACGACGAACGCGUCAAACACGUCGCUCGUGAUAUCGAAUCUCAUGGCGUCUACUCUGUACACUGUGUCCGUCGGUGCCAACACGAAGUUUCCAGCAGCGUGGUUUACGUCGAUUUCCCAGUCCACUGUAAUUGGGGGUACCAUACCCACGGCUCCGUUGCCGCCAUUGCUGCAGCAAGUGACAGGGGGUUCCUUCACAUUGCUCAUCGUUCCUUCGGACGACAAUGGCGGGUAUGGCCUCACGAAGUAUACCCUGUUUAUCAGCCCCGGUGGAAAAAACAACUUUACCAUUGCGUGUAUGGCCUCCACGCCGAGUUGCACCGUGAACCGCCUCACGCCAACGACGACCUACGACGUCUACGCGACGACGAUGAACCCAGUGGGUACGAGUGCACCUGGUCCCGUGACGACCGUUCGCACCAUCGCAAUGACAGUGCCAAGUCCGCCAUUGAACGUCCAACUUGUGGAAGUGACGUCGACUGUCGCGUUGAUUCAGUGGGUGCCGCCUGUGGAUUUCGGAGGCACCGCAUUGUUGACGGGCUACCAGGUCCAACGGCAAAAGUUCAUCCCAGAAUUGAACGUGUGGUCGCCAUCGGAAGUGGCCCAAACCAUGCCUCUCGAUGGCGUUGCAACUCAAGCCAAAGUGAUCAACCUGUCCACCAUGACGCUGUACAUGUUUUCUGUCGUGGCGCUCAAUCCGGUCAGCGCUUGCGUAUCCUCUGACGCAUAUAACAGUAGUGGACCCCUCCUGGUUCGAACGACUGUGCCAACAAGAGCUGAGCCCCCAACAAAUGUUGUGUUUUCUGGCAAGUCGGGUAGCUCGCUCUCGCUCACUUGGACACGUCCGUUCGACGACGGCGGCGCGCCCAUCUCUGGAUACGCUGUAUACACACCAAACGGGGAUCGUCUGGCGGUCGUGAACGGCACAUCGUUUACCCAGUUUGGCCUGAAUGCCAAUACAACGUAUUCGUUUUGGAUCACAACAAUCACCAGUCAAGGUGAGAGUGCACCCAGUAACAUUGCGACGUCGAAAACAACCCUCGUCUCGGCCCCAUCGGCUCCACGGAAUAUCGUUCAAGUCAAUGUCACAGGCGGCAUGGUGACCCUACAAUGGGAUUUUCCGGCCGACGACGGGGGUGGUGCGAUCUUUGGCUACAACCUGUAUCGGAAUGGCGCGUUGUUGGCAAGUCUUCCGUUGGUUCAGUCGUAUGUCGACCGAAAUGGGCUUCAGAUGAAUCAAAAAUACGUCUACGCCCUUGCGGCAAUCAACGCGUUUUGUGAAGGCAGUCAAACCACGAUCACGGCAAUCACAAACUCGGUUCCAGGUGUCCCACAGAUGCCUCUCCUUACUGUCAGCGCGCUCACGGGUGGUAUGGUUAUCGUCCGCACGACACUGCCCUCGGAUAUGGGCGGCGCUCCGUUCCAGAGCACUCGACUUCAGCUCCUGGACUCCGACUCGCAACUGAUGCAGGAGAUCGACUCUGUCGAUUUGUUGGACACGCCGUUCUACGGACUGCACUCGUUUACUCGGUACAUCCUACAAGGCCAAAUUACCACAACUGGCGGCGUGAGCGCACUUGCAUCCAUCCCGGUGAUUACAACAAACAUCACAGUACCCAGUCCCCCAUCGGCACCAAUUGUGAAGAGCGCAACGGGCGGAAGCAUUCAGUUGUCCCUGUUUCAAGCGUUGGACCAAGGAGGUGAAAACGCGACAAUGAUCUUAAGUCACAAGUGGAUUGGAUCGGACAUGUUUGAGCGGGUUCCAUUUCAAGUGGCAGGGACACGAGUUGUCACAGUCAGUGGCCUGAAUGCCAACCGCAGCCACCAGUUUUGGACGACUUCGUUCAACUCGGCCGGCGAGAGCUUCCCUUCGCCGUCCAUUAUGGCGAGCACGACGGAUCUGUCGCUUCCUGAGCAAGUGCCAGACACGAUUCAAAUUGUCAGCAAAUCAUAUCGAAGUCUGACUACAGCGUGGACUCCGAUUCUGGACAACGGUGGCGACAGUGUCAACCAUCUAUCGUACAACAUCUGCGUUACAUCGUCCACACACACGCGGUGCAUUGCGACAACUGAGCCAGCAGCAACCAUCAACGACCUGACUGCUGAGACCUCGUACACCCUGCAAGUUCAAGCGAUCAAUUCGGUCGGUGGUGGCCCGUGGAGUGUCGUAUCAUCCGUCACGACGGACGAUGCAGUACCAGGAGUGUUGCAAUUCGUCGCGCAAUCCGUGCAAGUGCUCGAAAACUCCACGACAAUUGUCUUGGUCGUGAGUCGAACCUCUGGCACAGCAAACACGAUUUCGUGCACCAUUGCAGCAACCAGUGGAUCGGCCGUGGCGACGACCAACUACGUUUUCCCUGACACGACUUCUUUGACCUUUGUGGAUGGGGAGACCGCCCAAGAAAUCACCAUCCAAAUCGUCAACAACGAAGUGGUGGACCCACCACGGUUCUUUGAUGUCGCUCUGACAGGCAUGACGUCGGAAACCGGCGCGCUGGGCACAAACCAAACGUGCCGAGUCACGAUUCUCGACGACGGUGACGCUGGCCAAGUGAGUUUUCGAAACACUUCGUUCACUAUUUUCGAAAGCCAGUCCAACGCUGUCCUGGAACUCCGCCGAACGCCGACCCGUACUAGCGGCACGUUAACAAUUCAAGCAUCGUUUCGACAAGCGCAGACGGCAGUGGCAUUUUUGACCUCGGUUGUCUCGUUCGCCGAUGGUCAAACGGCUGUAAACUUGACCCUCGUACCAAUCCGCGACGAACUGUACAACUAUCCGUUUCGGACCGCUCUUGUCGACAUCGCUAUUGCUGCGGAGAGUGCCGGGGCUGUAGAAUCUCCCAGUUCGACGACAGUGUUCAUUCUGGACGAUGUAGACGUGGCCGCUCCCGACGACGCGGGCAUUGUGCCGAUCCAAGUUAGUACGUCGGGGGGAUUCAUAACCGUGCAAGUGCCGCCGCCACGCCACGUGGGUGGAUGGAAUCAAUCCUUGGUUUCGUACCGCGUCAACAUGACGAACGCAAUGGGGCAAGUUGUGUCGAGCCUAGCCCAACACACGUUGGUGUUUUCCUUCGGUGGACUCAACUUCUCGACACUGUACACGUUUCAAAGCGCUGUCAUGAAUCGCGCGGGGCUUCUGUCGAUGGGCAGCGGCACCGUAGACCUCUCGACAGGACCGAUGUCAUUACCAUCUCCCCCGACAAAUGUUCGCGCAGUCGGGGCAACCGGAGGGUCCAUCGACGUUUGCUGGGCACUGCCCCAAGACUCAGGGGGAAUCCCCAUCACAGGCUACCAAAUUGAGUACUUGGGUGCUAUCGUGUUCAAUGGAACCACACCGUGCGCUCACAUUUCAAACCUUGGACUGCAAGCAAACGCCUCGUACUCGUUCAACUUUUAUGCCACCAAUUUUGUCGGGGUCGGACCGCCCGUCACUGUAGCGUUGCCCACGGCCACGAAUGCAACACUGCCUGCCGAAUUGGGGCCGCCAAGCAGUGUCGUUCAAGGUGGAGGAGACUCGUUGGUGGUUCAAUUUCGACCCCCUGGAGACACGGGAGGGAUCGAUAUCCUCCGCUACUUGAUCUACAUCAACACAACCAACACGACGGACCAAACGACGACAACGAGCAUCUUCACCGAGUACAUGGUGAACUCAACCGGUCGUGUUGCCUUGACCGGGUUGAGUUCCAACACGCUGUACAUUGUCAAGUACACAGCGUGGAAUGCGCUGGGAGGUAGCAGCAUGAGCAGCACGUACCAGUACACAACUGGUCCACCGACGAUCCCGUCAGAGCCCCGCAACCUUCGCUUGGAUCGCACAAUGCCAACGACUGGAGCUUGCAUUCCUCUCAUCUGGGACACCCCGGAAUCGACUGGAGGGCUUCCGUUGGCAGAGUAUCACAUCUACGUGACCAAGUUCUCGUCAUCGAACGACGGAGAAGCUGUUCCCUUAACGAAUGCAACGCAAAACCUGACAUUUGCCAAGGUCUUUGUUGGCCCAGCGACCACCACAUCCACAAUCGUGUGUGGCUUUGACCAGCGAACGUCGUACGUGUUCAAAGCGCUGGCGUACAAUGCCGAGUCGUUUUGUUCUGGUGGGACAAAUGACAUGCCAUUCAGUCAACUGCUACUGGCGACCACGUCGAAUGCAAGCGUCCCAUCGCGUCCAGAUCCCCCGCAGGUCGUCGCGUCAACGGGAGGGAUGAUCACAUUGGCAUGGUCGCUGCCACGGGAUACUGGCGGUGCCCCCCUGCGAAGGUUUGACGUGUACUUGAUCGCAUCCAAUGGGUCCAUGCUUGUCCAGCGCGUUACUGGCACCGUUCUCGCACAAACCUGUGACGUCACCGGCCUGGAUGAGCUCAAAACGUAUGAAUUUCAACUCACAGCUGCCAAUGACAUUGGCGUCAGUGCACCCAGCUUGAGUGUUCUUGGCCGCACCACGACCGUGACGUCUCCGUCCAAGCCACUCAACAUGAUGCUGGUGAGUCCAUCGGGGGGCUCCAUUUUAGCAUCGUGGCAGGCGCCCCAGGAUACCGGUGGCCGUCCGAUUGUGAGUUAUUUCGUGUAUCGCGACAGCGUGAAGAUUGGCGAUUCUUACGGAACCACAACGUUCCUCGAUCAAUCCAAUCUCAUGGCGGACUCGGCGUACUCGUACUUUGUGAUUGCGUACACGAGUGUCUCGUACGGCCGACAGAGUGACACCUUCGUGGCCAGGACAAGCUCUGGGUCAUUGCCCGGGCUUUGCACGAACAUCACUGCAGAGGCGACGGGUGGUUCGUUAUCGGUAGCAUGGCUUCCGCCGCAAAACUCGGGCGGUCUCCCGAUUGUGUCUUAUACGGCGGCACUGUUCCAGAGCAAACGCCAAGUAGCCCUGACGACGACGGCCAAACCCGCGGUGAUCUUCAACUUGUUGCAGAAUGGAACGACUUACCUUUUCAUCGUGAACGCAACCAAUGCCAUCGGGUCCAGCGCAGCUGCCCACGCAAUGUUGACCACCACGACUUCAACCGCACCUGGCGCCCCACCAAGUGCUCCAUUGGCGAUAUCCAUCUUUGGCGGAAACGCCACGCUCUCCUUGGAUUUGUCGCCUGACACGGGGGGCGAAACCACAAAUUUGAGCUAUGUCGUGUUUCUGAAUGACCGCCUUGUGGUGACAGUGCCAUCGUUUGGGACUCGUGCCACUGCCACCAUCUAUGGGCUGGUUGCAAACACAACGUAUCGACUGACCUACGCUUGCUCCAACAUUGUUGGGCUCAGCACGACGAGCCCAACGCUGCUGCUACGAACGGCAGUGGUCAACGCCCCCGGGUUCAUGCAAGUUCCGUCCGUAAGGAGUACAACUUCUCGGACAAUUAUGUUGGAUUGGAUCCCUCCGGCCGACACAGGUGGGAGCACGGUACUGCGAUACGAAAUCGACGUGGCUGGAACGAGUUGGGUGUUUGCGAACGUCACCAGUGGGUUGGUCAUGUCGCUGCAGCCCGAGUCAACUUAUAGCUGUCGAAUACGGGCAGUGUCCAUGACAGGGGGCCUAACCGGCCCGUGGAGCGCAUUCGUUCAAAUCGCCACGGCCCCUGCGUCCGCUGGAAAGUUUACCUUUGGCACUGCUUCGUCGUCGGUCCUGAAGAACGCCUCCACGUUCACCUUGCCGAUUUAUCGGGUUCAAGGGUCGGUAGGCGCAGUCCGGGUGACGUUGACAACGUCAAACAACUCUUUAAUCGGCACUCAGUUUGUCCUGGACCCUGCAAAUCCAACGGCAACUCGGCGGACCAUUGCAUUCGACGACGGAACUGUUCAAGUAAACGUUGUUCUGAAGAUCCUGAACGAUGGCGUGUACACUGCGGAGGGCGUCUCGAUCCUUCUUCGACUAGUUGAACCGAUGAAUUUUGCCGCGCUGAGCACUGACUUCAACUCGACGACGCUGGUCCUGCAAGAUGCUGGAGCCGCGGGUCAAAUCAACUUUGUCAGCACCAGUGCCGCUAUCCUUGAAAGUGCAUCAACUUUGAUACUUCCCCUAUCACGGAUCGGUGGAACGAGCAGCAUCGUGCAAGUCCUUGUUCGGGUGGUUCCAAAUACACAUGGAGCGUCGCCCGCUGCCAUUGGAGUGGACUAUCGAUUGCCCACGACCCCGAUUAUUCGAUUCGAUGACGGCGACGCCACGGCCAACGUGUCGGUCAUCAUUCGCAACAACAACUUCUACAGCUUUCCGCCGUUGGGAUUUACCCUCCAACUCGUCGUGUUCUCCGGUGGCGCAAUUAUCGGAGCAAAUAGCACGGUGGCUGUGACCCUCUUGGACGACGGCGACGUGUCACCCCCUUCUCCCCCGGGGCCGCCGACAGUUGUGUCUGUCACUGGUGGCUCUGUCGAGCUGGCGCUGGUGGCGCCGGUGAACAAGGGUUACAAAGAUGCAGAAAUCACGCAGUUUCAGGCAGUUGUCACAAACACAACGUCGACAAUUGUUGAUGCAGGUGGCGGAACAAGGCGAGUGGGUGGCCUGCUUGCCAACACGAAGUACGAAUUAUCUGUUCAAGCAGCAAACGAUGCAUUCACUCCAACCAAGUUUGGUGGCACCAGUCCAACCGUUGUAUUCACCACGGGGGCUCCAUCCAUGAAUGGUCCACCUUCCUCGCUGCAGCUGGUGUACCGAACGGGUGGUUCGUUGAAAUUGACAUGGUCCAUCCCUCUCGACACGGGCGGCGUCCCCAUUUUGCGAUACCGAGUCAAGUGGACCGACGAGCUGGGGGUAGCGAAGACUGGAGAAACGCUGAAUUCGACGUACAGCAUCUUUCAGCUCCGGUCGAACUCGUCGUACAUUGUCCAAGUUCAGUGUAACAACGGCGUGCCCAACUCGUUGACGCAAGGGUGGGGUCCCUACAGUGCCCCCGAAUUGUUUCAAACCAGCGACACAACGCUGCCAGGACCCCCGACACAAGUCGUGGCCGAUCCUGUGCGAUCUGGAGGCAGUGUCAGCAUGACGUGGAAUUCCCCCCUCGACACGGGCGGACAAGACAUUGCUCAGUACCUAGUUGUGAUGAAGCUCGCGAACGAAUCCAACUUUCACGUCGCGCCGAACCAAGUAGCGAUUGACUCGACUCGAAUUAAAGUGUCUGGCUUGUACGCGAACACCAUGUACAAUUUCCGCGUGAUGGCGCAAAACACGAUGGGCGACGUUGUCCUGCCCGGCGCGUUCAAUAUCAGCAACAAAGCGCUGUCCAUUACAUCCUCCGCUGACGUCGGCAUGUCCUGGAUUCGUCCAGGGGCUGCGAUCAUGAUUGAGAAUUUCUACUUCACGGUCGGCCGUGGUGUGACAAAGAAUGUCAUUCCCGUCACGACAUCCCACAUGUUUGCCACAGUCACGAACGCGAUUGGAAUGCUCGUUGGCGAAGCCAGUAGCGCCAUCAACAUCACGACUGCAUAUCCUACGCUGCCGGAAACUCCAGAAGCCCCCGUCAUCUCUCGAGUUACUGGUGGUGCAGCGUUCGGGUAUUUUGUGUCGCCCGUGGAUACAGGGGGCGUUCGUGUGCUGGGGUUUAAGGUUUACUUCACCGACGUGGCCACCAACAAAGUCGUUGAGGCUGUCUCGACGAACGAUGAAGAUGCAAGUCCAGUUGUAGGGCAGCCCCUAGCACGCAACGAAAGCUUUCAAAUCACCGGACUUGAGCCGUUGCGCACGUAUCAACUUCGCGGCCUUGCUUUGAGUUCCUUCUCGAGUUGCACAAAUGAGUUGGCACCCACUAGCCCGACAGUCGAAUUCCAGACGUCCAAGGCCACAAUUCCGGACCCUCCCGUCAGCUUGGUGGUGGUGCUGGCUACAGGUGCAGGAUUCAAGUUUUCAUGGAGCCCCCCUGCCGACACGGGAGGCGUCAACAUCACGCAGUACACGCUUCAGAUGUUCAACGAAUCGAUCCAAGAGUGGGCGACCGAGUACUCGAAUGCAUCGACAACCUGCCGAGUCGCGAAACUCGCAACAAAAACGUCGUAUCGGUGGCGAUUGCAGGCUGCCAACAGUGUUGGGAUAUCUGAUUUUUCAUCUGUUUGGACGUACUCGACAAGUGUAGUCAGCCCCCCUGGCCCCUGUCGAUCCCCGAUUCAAAUGGCAUCGACAGGCGGCAUGAUCUCUGUCUCAUGGGACCCACCUGACGAUAACGGGGGGUCUGAUGUCACAUCGUACAUUUUGGAGUACAGCGACAGCGCGGCCGGCCCGUCUCAGCGAAUUGUUACAAAACCUACAAGCACCAAUAUCUACGGCCUUCGAGCACUCACGACGUACACGGUCAAAGUCAUGGCGGUGAACCGCAUUGGAGCUGGAGAAGCUGGAAUAGAAGGCACCAUGUCCACGGGGCGUCCGUCGCCACCAAACGUUCCGGACCCCCCUGUGAUCACUGAGUCAUCUGGCGGGGCGCUUGUGAUUUCGAUGAAACCUCCACUCGACAUUGGCGGUGUCGAUCCUGCCACGCUGUUUUACGAGAUUUACGCCAAUGGCUACGUUGUCCUGAACAUUUCGUACCUCCAACUUGUCGAGCAAACCAACAGUGAGAGCAAUCAGCGGCGCCUGCAAGCGUCACAGGGCAGUGGCGUCACGGUUGGAGGGCUAGACUCGAACAAGAAAUACAGGAUCAGCGUUGCGGCGUCGAGUCCGGCCGGGUCGAGCCCCAAGUCGGUCCAAAAUGAAAUGUCCACGUCAGCGCCAACGGUGCCUGGCAUCCCCAAUGCUCCGACGGUUAUUCAAGCCAACGGCGGGUCCCUCGUCGUUGGGUGGACGUCGCCAGCAGACGAAGGCGGGGCGUCCGUCAGCUCGUUUCAACUUUUCAACCUAGCAAGUCCAUCUACUCCGGUGUGCCAAGGGCUCAUCUGGCAGUGCAUCGUCACUGGACUGCUCUCGAAUUCUGCGUACGAGUUUGUCGUUGUGGCACAAAAUAGCAUCGGGCUGUCCCCCCAAAGCGCCAUUCUCAAGGCAAAGACGACGCUGAUUUCGACACUUGGCCCUCCCCAAAGGGUGCGCUUGGUGUCACUCGCGGCCAACGGACAGGUAGCAACGAUUGCAUGGUCGCCACCGCAAGAUACGGGCGGGCUUACGUUGUCGGGCUACACCUGCACGGCCGAAAAAGCAUCCGACCACUCGCACGUGAGCGUCACUGUCGCAACGACUGAAGCUCAGCUGUCGCUGCUUUCACCAGGCGCGACCUACACAGUCACUUGCACCACAACGAACAUUCAAUUCGACACCAGUGCUGCCAGCGGAAGCAUUACGUUUACAACGCCACCUGGGAACGGGUCGCCCGUCGUGCCCAUAAUUUCCUGCGUGAGCCGGUCGUCAGUGAGUUUGAUCUGGGAACCCAUUGCUGACGCGCGAAGUUAUGCAUUGUACCGAAACGGCGUGUCCGUGUACACGGGGCCAGCGACUGCAUUUUGGGACGGUGGGCUGGCGGCCAGCACGAGCUACUCCUACGAGUUAAGCUACACCACAUCGAGUCAGGUCGAAAGCUCGAAAGCCACAGCAACUGUGUCAACGGGAAGUAGCACCACGCCGACAUGUGCGAGCCAAACAGGAUACAUUUAUCAAGGACGGUAUCCAAACAGUUGGAGGCAUUCAUGGAUGAUCGCCCCGGCGAGUGGUGUGUUCUCGUCCAUCUUGCUUGAGUUUACUCGCUUCGACAUCGAAUGCGAUCACGAUGUUGUCACGGUGGAAUACGCUCCAUACGACGGAUCGUCCGUGCUGUGGUCUGGAGGGUGUAUGCGAGCGACCUCAUUUUCACUGUACAGCACCAAAGCCAACGCGCCGGUGAAGAUUACCAUCGCCUCCGACAUGUCCGUGCAACGGGAAGGGUUCGAGCUCUAUUACAAAGUGGACACGGACCCGCCAUCGUCCGUAGUACCGUCAUGCCCUCGAGCAAUCGGUCGUAACGUUUGCAGUAACCACGGCGUGUGCACUCCAACUGGAGAAUGCAAAUGUAACCUUGGAUUUACUGGCGAGGAUUGCAGCAACUACAUCGUGUGCUGCACGGAUCCAAGCGUUUGCCAUGACCAAGUGUGCGAUUCAAGACCACAAGACGUCAUCUUGGUGUCGACGACGACGGGCGACGACGUUGAAGGAACCGGGGAAAUGAUGGACGCAGGCGACGUCCGCGGCACGGCGGCAAAGCCAUUUGCCACGUUGACCAAAGCGCUCAGUGUAGCCACAAAUGCCAGCGUCAUUCUGAUGUACCCUGGCGUGUACAAGGCGGCUGGCGAUUGCUCUCUCUCGUUCACUCAACAAAACGUGGACAUCCGCGGUUUUAUGGGCUCUGACUACGUCGUAUUGGAAUGCUCGUCGUCAGGAAUGACCAUGUCGGCGAGCAAUGCCAGCAUUCACGGCAUGACUGUCCAAAGCAUAGCAUCAACAACUCCGGGGGCUGCGUUCAAUGUGCAACGAAGCUUCCUGUCGCUGACGGACGUUUGGGUGCGCAACUGCCGGAGCGACGUCCAAGGGGGCGGCAUCUACGCGGACGAGUCUGUGAUCACAUUUGCGCGCUCGAGCGUGUCGAACUGCUCUGGAAGUCAAGGAGGCGGAGUGUAUGCGGCAAAUAGUCGACUCUCGAUGCAUGCCACACGAGUGACUGCCAACCAAGCCACGAAUGGAGGUGGUAUUUUCGUGUCGGGAGUGUCCGAUGUACGUGGAAAUGGUGCCAUCAUUGCAGACAACCAAGCGAGCAACACGGGCGGCGGUGUCGUGGCGCACGGCGUCGUGUACCUGACUGGGAUGACAAUAACAGCCAACACAGCCAUGUUUGGCGCCGGCGCGACCUUGAGUGGCCAAGUGCAACUCGAGCAUGCUGCUUUGGACGCAAAUCAUGCAAGUCAAUGUGGCGGCGGGCUGUACACCCAAGCGGCGCUUGACUUGACCUCGAAUGACGUGAUGGUGUCCAACAAUGCGGCCGUGGUAUCGGGCGGGGGUCUCUAUGUUCACAACACUACCUUGUCCGUUGUGAGUGUGACCAGUGUGUUUCAACACAACCAAGCUCGAGAUGGCGGUGGUAUCUAUCUCCAUGCGUCCAACGUGUCGUUGGAUGGCGUCAUGCUCACUGCCGGGAAUGCCACAACUGGACGUGGUGGUGGGAUCGCAACCCUUUCAAGCGACGUUCUAAUCACACGUUCGUCUGUGGACGGAAACUUUGCUCGUGUCGGAGGCGGGGUUUCUGCGAUAUCCGACUCCAAAGUGACCCUGGUCGACGUCAACGUCGUCAACAACAUGGCUAGAUUUGGCGGCGGAAUUUCCGUGGACACGUCUGUCGUUGUCGGGGGAGUGGUGCAAGAAAACGUUGCCACCGAAGGUGGGGGUGGCAUUCUCCUCAAGGAUGGCAGCAUCCGCGGCGCUCAGAUUCGAUCCUGCGACACGUUGGGUCACGGAGGUGGCCUUUACGUCAGUCCAAGCACGUUCAACUCGAUCACAGACAUCCAAGUGACCGACUCGGCCAGCAGUGGCAAUGGCGGUGGCAUGUACUGCGAAAACACGUCCGUGGCCCUGUUCAAUGUGCAUUUUAUCGGAAAUAAUGCCAGUCAGCAUGGCGGGGGACUGUUUUUGAGCACCACAACAGUCACUGGGCGAUGCCACGCAGCGAAUUGCAGUGCUGCUUUGUCAGGCGGAGGGGUCAGCAUUGUUGGAACGGUCGGAAUCGAUGCCGUUGACAUCGAAACGUCGCAAGCCUCCAUUGGGGGCGGCUUCUCGGCCAUGGAUUCGACCUUCGUGGUGCACCGCUCCAACAUCGUGGCCAACGCUGCAGCGACCCAUGGCGGCGGCGCAUACAUCCGCGAUUGCCAAGGCGUCGUUGACAACUGGGACUUGCGCAGCAACACGGCGGGAAUCAACGGCGGUGGGUUGAUCAUCAUCACGUCCAAUGUGCUCCACAACAAUCUAAUGGUGGUCGAGAACCAAGCAAAUAACUUUGCUGGCGGGAUGUAUAUCGAUGGCAGCAGUCUCGUUCCCAAAGCCCCUGGGGCCGUUUCGACCGUUCACAGGAACAGAGCGUACAACGGAGGCAAUGUCGGCGUCACUGGUCCAUCUGAACUCGUGAGCUUCACUGUCGGUGGAGGGCUCGCGGUCGACGGAGGUGGCAUGUACCUCAUCGAUUCGACGAGUCAACUGGAAGACUUAGCCAUUACGGGAAACCAUGCUCUAAACAACGGUGGUGGGAUGUUUAUCAAGAUGUCGACGGCCACGCUGUCGAGCACGCUCGUCAAGGAGAACAGUGCGGUAUAUGGUGGCGGCAUCGCUUUGUCCAACGCAAACGUCUACCAUGCCAAUGUGAGUGUCAUCCUGAACCAAGCAGGGUCAUCAGGAGGGUUGCACAUGGGCGGAACAUCUUCGUUUCAUUCGCGCGCAGAGUCGACGAUCUCCCAAAAUGACGUGUGCAUGACGAUGUGUGGUUUUGGCGGCAACAUUGGCGUAUAUGAAUUUUCCAACGCCAGCAUCUCGGGCGUCGUCGUGUCGAACGGAACGAGCAACUACGGUGGUGGUCUUUUUGUGUUUUUUGGGGGAAAUGCUGUCAUGACCAACGUGGCGUUUCGAAACAACGUGGCAGCCUUUGGCGGGGCGUACUCGGCGUACCAGCGAACCAACACGUCGUUUGAAAAUUGCUCGAUCGAGGAGAAUACAGCGACAACGAGUGGUGGGGCGGUCUUUGUGCCUUACCCUGUCAGUUGGUCAGAGUCCAGUACCAUCUCCAUGGUGGACUGCCACUUUGUCCGCAACAUUGCGCAACAAGGCAUUGGUGGUGCCAUUUACAUCGACAAUGUGUAUUUCACAGCCGAACGAACUCGCGUGGAAGCCAACCACGCCAUUGGAAAUGAUGGCGGUGGGCUGUACGCCAUGGGGGAAUCGACCGUUUCCCUCAUGAAUUGCCAAUUUCUCCAGAAUUUCGUGCUGCCAGGGUACAGCGGAGGGGGCAUUUCUGCUGUCGGAAAAAGCACGAUUACCGUGUCCGAUUCGCUGUUUGAGGGUCCGAUAUUGUCUGACGAGGACACAAUGGCAAAAGGAGGCUUGAUCUUUAUCAGCCAAGAACGAACAAAGGUUGUCCUACUUCGAACUCGCCUGCAAGUCGGGCACGCCAACUUUGGCGGCGGAGUCUACAUUAGCGAUGGUCAUCUAGACCUGACCGACUCCACGAUCGACAGCUGCAAAGCGUUGCAAUUCGGCGGCGCGCUGCACUUGACGUCGUCUGCGUCCGCCGUGUUAACGAAUGCAUCGGUUGUCAGCAGCGACGCCAUGUUCAAUGGAGGCGGUAUUUACGUCGAAGCACAAUCGGUUGUAACCGCGGUUUCGUCGACGAUCGAAGACAACUACGCCGACGAUCAAGGGGGUGGAAUUUUUGUAGCGAUCGGAAAAGGCAACGCGUGUGUUUUGCAAGAUUGUAUCGUCCGUCGAAACAUAGCUAGCGGGCUCGGGUCAGCACUUUUUGCCAGCCGCGACAGCCAAGUCACAGUGUCCAACACUCGAUUUGAAGGGAAUGGUGGGGUGACGUUCUACGGGUACAGCGAAGGCGGGCCGGUGUACUUCGAUUCUAGCUAUGGCACGCUGACGGACACCAUUUUCGUGGGCAACAUUGCAUCGAACGGUGGCGCGUUGCAGAUUCAAAACACGGCGCAGGUCCAAAUGGAGCGAUGCUUGUUUACCGAAAACACAGCUUUGAUCAGCGGCGGGGCCAUCUAUCAGCGAAACGGAAACUUGAAUGCCCAGGACACAUCUUUUGACUUCAAUCGGGCACCAAGCGGAGGUGCAGUGUACAUGGAAGAGACUGCGCGAUCGGCGUGGACAAAUGUAUCCUUCAGCAACAACAAUGCAGACGUCGGAGGCGGAGCAUACAUUGGUGGGGCGUCAACGGUCUUCUAUACUGGCGGGAUUGUGGCCAGCAACAGAGCAAGCAUCGGCGGUGGCAUCUUUGCCAGCGAAGAUUCCAUCCUUCACGCCAGCAAUCUUCAAGGUCGAGCCAACAUUGCACAGCACAGCGGCGGUGCAUUCUACCUCAACGACACGGUGAACGUUCAGCACACUGAUUUGGAGUUUGAGUCGAACGAUGCCCCACUUGGACGGGAUAUCUUUUGGCGAUACAAGCAAACAUCGCCUAGCUACGCGUGUUCAAGGAAUUGCCGUUUUGAUACCUCUCGUGGACCAUCUAUUGCCACGGACCCGAUGAACAUUGAGAUGGGGUGGUGGCCUGCGUACGCUACAAGUGGGGUACCGAUGACAACGUCCAAACUCGACAACACGACACUCGAGUGGGACAACUCGACCAACACGAGCGUGCCGUGGCCAACGAUUGUGGUGGUCGAUUUCUACGGCCACCGCAGCAUCCUCGACCAGUCGACCGUCUGCCGUGUGUACAAGAAAGUGUCGGAGCAGGUCAAGAUCAUGUUUUUGCCCAAUUCGCAAGUUGUGUCGACGUCCGGAUUUGUCACGUUCCAGGACGCCGAAGUCCAGACCGACCCAAAAGAAGCCCCGUUCGAAAUGGAGGUCGAGUGCCGGUUGUACAACCAUCUCACACGAACGUUGGAUUUGAGCAUUAAAGUUCAGCCAUGCGACCCAGGCUACAUGUUGCAGACCCAAAAAUGCGUGCAGUGCGCUCAGGGAACAUUCAGUUUGGACGGCUUAACGUGCCACCCUUGUCCGUUGGGUGCCAAUUGCGAAACGAUUCAAACCGUGGGAACUGGUCAGCUUACCAGCGGAGUGGCCUUCCCAUCGACGCAACAGGGAUAUUUCUUGGCCGAUGCUCCACCGACAAGUCUCGAGAAACUGUGCGACAUUGCCACGUACUUUCCAUCGGGCGACCCAUGUCCCGGAGGAACCGAACUCGACCGCCUCGACCGCAUGCGCCGGUGCAUGAAUAACACGGAUUUCAAGCUGCAUUGGGACGAGAAUCGCAUUUUCACGUGCUCGUCAGGAUUCAUGUUUUACGCAUGUCCGGUGACGGAAGCGUGCAAAGGGAGCAUUUCGAAAUCCGAACUGGAACACGUUGGGCGUGUCUGUCAAAUUGGGUAUACGAGUCCAUUGUGCGGUUCGUGUGACCGCAAUUACCAAAAGAUGCAAGACGGCACGUGCGUUCCGUGCGACGAAGUGUCCCGUAAUGCUUUUUAUGGCUACGUGACGAUCCCGAUCUUGAUGAUCAUGGCGGGGCUGUAUGCCAUUGCGAUGUACCUGCACCACGACACGGAUAAUGUGUUGAUGGCGCAAGCUCGCGCAGCCACGGAAAACAGGGAGUUUCAGACAAAACCUUCGGAGUCGAAGCUGAUGAAUCUGGAAGCAGCGGUGCAUCGGGUUCGAAAAGCCUUAAGAAGGACGUGGAAGAGGCUGGUCACGAAGGCAGCACCGAAGAAGAAAUUGCCCAACAAUUUGUUCGGAAUCGAGCAAAUCAAGCUUCCGACUCUCGACUUCAGCCCGGAAAAGUUCAAGAUCCUACUUUCGUUUUUUCAAAUUUUCUCCAACCUAAAAGAUACGUACCAAAUCUCAUGGCCCCAAGACGUCGCGUACUUCAUGGCGUUCGUGUCCAAGUUUAACUUUGACUUCAUGAGUGUUCCCCACCUGGAUUGCAUGAUCGACUUCAGCUUCUAUGGCAACUUCCGACUCACAUUGGCGACGGCCGCAAUUUCUUUUGCCCUGUUGCACGUAACGUAUCGCUGGGGCGUGUUUGUGUACAAGCGCAAACUGCAUAAAAUCCCGCGUCACUGCACGCUUUGUGGCCUACCCAACACGGCAAUCUCCACCGAAACACGUGUUUCUGCAAUUCGGCAGUUUGCUAUGGAGAUCGAACGAGACAAGAACCAGUCCAAGAUCAAAAAACUAUUUUCCCGAUUCCUUCUCAGCAUCGAGAAAGACGAAGUGAAGAAUGCAAUGCCGACAUACUUGUCCAACCACAUAAAAUGUCCGACAACCGAGCGCGUGACCGACCCCGUCCUGCGUCAAAAGAUCUUGCAUACCAACAUCCAGCUGUGGCAGGCUCGCGUCAAACUUCGCCUCAACUUUCGAACGUACACAGACAAGUGCAUGAAAAUUUUCUUUUGGCUCGCACUUUUCAUGUAUCCUGCCGUGAGCCAAAAGAUCCUAAAUAUGUUCAACUGCACUCAAGUGGGCCAGGGGUCGUUCUUGGUGGCGGACAUGACGUUGAGCUGCACGGAUGGGUAUUGGUACUCACAUGCGAUCGUGGCGGUCAUCGGCUUGGUCGUUUGGGUAUUUGGAGUGCCGUUCUAUUGUUGGUCCAUUUUGUUCCAAGAGCGCAUGGCUGGCGUUCGCAUUCGUAUGCGCAUGCUCAAGGACAACAAGCACGAAGAGUUGCGUCAGAAAUGGAUCGCGAAAAUGAAAGCCGACUACAAAGCCACUGGACGGUAUUGGCACACCAACUACGACGCAUUUGCCAACAUGCUCCUCCACGAGUACAUGAAGAAGCGGAACAUGGAGCUGCCCAGUACCAUUGCGCGUGUCGGAUUCAUCUAUGCAGCAUACAAAGACUCGUUCUGGUUUUUCGAGAUCGUGGAUUUGAUCCGAAAACUGCUUCUGAAUGGAGUUUUGUCGUUUGCCGAUCGCGGGUCUGUCAAUCAAAUCGUGAUCGGCAUGAUAAUCAUAUUUGCCUACAUGGCCAUCAUCUUGGCCAUGCAACCUUACAAGAAUCGGUCGAAUACCCUCGUCGCUUCGAUGGCCCAACUCCAGCUCUUUGUCACGCUGUUUGCUGGUCUCUUAAUCAAGAUGAAUGUUGGGAAAGCGCAGUCCCUUGAUAUGGCAACUGUCAGCGGCGUCAUCAUCAUAACCAACAUUGCCGCGAUCUCGGUGACGUUGCUAGAAGCGAUUCGCGAAAAGUACUUGGAGCGGAAAAAGUACAAACUCAUACGCCUGCGCAAGUACCAGAACGACCUGCGCUACCACGUUCAGAGGCUGUGGUGGCGAGCAAUGUCAUAUGCCAUGACCGAAGUUUACUUGGAUCGAAAACAGGUUGACUCGGAUGUCCAGCCGUCGUUUCGAGUCGUAUUGGAGCUCGCCCGGCGACAAAAAGCCACCAGCACCGUCCCGGCUGCAGAUCAAGACGAUGGCAUGCCCACAAUCGCCCUUGAUGAAGUCGCAGUUGCUGAAACUUCCGAGGUAGAUUCAACCUCCGCGUAAAAUUGGGAAGAUCGUCAAUUGAAGCGCUAAUCAAACCGACAUGAUGUCUGUCCUAUGCAUUAAAUGGUUGAAUUCAUAUUAUGAAUGGAU